AUGGAAGAUGAUUGGCAUAUUUUCUUCGGGUGUGGGGCUACUUUUCAUUGUUGGAGGGCAACAGGUUUGUACGAUGUUAUCUUACCCCGACUUCAAUCUUUUCAUGAUGCCAAAUCUAUUAUCUUUGAUAUUUGUUCUAAAGAAGAUAGUCGGACUGCAGGGCAUUUUGCUGUUAUGUUAGAUGUAAUCUGGAAUAAUAGAAACAAUGUUGUUUGGAAUAACGAGCAACAAGAAGCUUCUACUCUUGGUAUGCAAGCUUUUUAUAGAUGGCAGGAUUGGUAUUCAGCGCAAAAGUGGAACCAGAUUAAUAAUUCCGAUCAAGUCAUAAUAGCUUGGAACCCGCCUGACACAGGAUGGUUGAAAUGCAAUGUAGACGCGGGUUUUAAUCAUAUUCAUGGUACUACUAAUAGGGGAUGGUGUGUGCGAGAUAACCGUGGUAGAUUUAUCUUAGCAGGUACCGCUUGGGAUUCAAACUUUCGUUCCAUUGUCGAAGCAGAGGCAUUGGCGCUUAAGGAAGCAAUUCUUGACGCUAUAGCUAACCAGUUUGAAAAAGUCAUUUUUGAAAGUGAUUCCCAAAAAGUGGUUCAAGCGAUCCAUUCCAAGCAUUGUGGAAACUCCGAAUUUAGUUUGCUUAUUUUAUCUAUUCAAAGUUUGUUACAAUUGUAUGUCAACUUUGAGGUGAAGUUUGUUAAACGUCAAGCGAAUAUGGUUGCCCACUCGUUAGCGAAGACGGCCUAUUCAUGGCCUAGGCGUAAUGUCUUUAAUUUACCUCCUCCUUGUAUUGAGUUCCUUUUGAUUAAUGAAAGCUGUUAA